UCCUCUCCACGCACAAAAGCGUCUCUAACCUCUCCCCCACCAGCUAAUUUGGCCCGUGUUAGACUUUAGACAGGGUUUGAGGUAACAUUUCAUUCAAUUCGUUCCAUUUUUUAGCUUUUUUUUUUCAUCCUUUAUUUGGCAGUUGGCAUCAUAUAUCUUCCAUAUUUCCAUGCAUGAACUAGUUUUUGUUUGUUUUUGUCUAUAGUACUUCAGUUUUCUUUUUAAUUUUAAGGAUCCUGCAGUCUUUGUUUGCCUGGGUUAAUUUGUUAGAUUUGGCGUUAGUACCUACAAAAAAAUGGGUGAAGUUGAGAUUCCUCCCCAUUUUCUUUGUCCAAUUUCCCUUCAACUCAUGAGAGAUCCUGUUAUCAUCUCAACCGGAAUAACAUACGAUCGAGAUAGUAUAGAGAGAUGGUUAUUUUCAUGCAAGAAAAAGGCGUGCCCGGUUACGAGGCAAGUGUUGCAUGACUCAGAUCUAACCCCAAAUCACACUCUUCGUCGCUUGAUCCAAGCAUGGUGCACCCUUAAUGCUUCCCAUGGAAUAGAAAGAAUCCCAACACCAAAGUCUCCAAUCGACAAAACCCAGAUCGCCAAGCUCCUUAAAGACGCGAAAAAGUUCCCCGAGAUGCAACUCAAAUGCCUUAAAAGGCUCAGAUCUAUCACGCUUGAAGGUGAAAGAAACAGAAGCUGCCUGCAAGCCGCUGGUGCAGUUGAGUUCCUGGUAUCAAUUAUCAAGAGUUAUGAUUCUACGUUACUUGAAGUGGAGAGCAACGAAGGGUAUGAAUUUAUGAAAGCUAGCAACGACGCAUUGAGUAUUCUUUGUCAUAUCAAAGUUUCUGAAAGCUAUCUAAAGAGUAUUAUUACCAACGAUCACGAAUUUGUACAGUCUGUAGUUCAUGUCCUGAAAAAUGGUAACCACCAAUCUCGAGCAUACGCCACGAUGCUAUUGAAGGAUAUUUUUGAAUUGGUAGAUCCAGCCAAAUUGAUCAGCGUGACACCUGAAUUCUUUGCUGAAAUCGUACGUACUUUGCGUGAUCAGAUCUCGCAGCAAGCCUCCAAGGCAGCAUUGAAACUCCUCGUGGAGCUUUGUCCUUGGGGAAGAAACAGGAUCAAGGCCGUUGAAGGUGGUGCAGUGUUUGUCUUGAUCGAGCUUCUUCUCCAAACAUCCGACAAGAGAGGUAGCGAACUAGCUUUGAUUGUGUUGGAUCUGCUCUGUGGUUGUGCCGAAGGGAGAGCAGAGUUUUUGAAACACGGAGCAGGGCUAGCGAUUGUCUCGAAGAAAAUAUUCAGGGUUUCCCAUCUGGCAAGUGACAGGGCAGUGAGGAUUCUAUCCUGGAUUUGCAGGUUUUCAGCAACUUCCAGGGUUCUUCAGGAAAUGUUGCAAGUUGGUAUGGUGGCCAAGUUGUGUUUGGUGCUUCAGCUUGAUGGCAGUUGCAACACCAGGGAGAAAGCAAGGGAGAUCCUCAAAUUGCAUUCUAGGGUUUGGAGGAAUUCUUCUUGUAUUCCAUCUCAUUUGUUGUCUUGUUAUCCAUGUACUUGAGAUCGGUGAUCAUUUUUUUUUGUGUAGAUAGAUUGAAACAGGCAUGGGGCCGGAAAAUUAAAGCACAUAUCUCAAUGCAACUAAAUGUGAAUUAUACAAAUUUAAUAGGCAUGAAAUAUAUAUUAUCUACAA